AUGAACAGAAGCAGCUCUGAGAAGAAUCAAGUGGUUUUGCUUCCCAAAAAGACGCUGUGGCAGCAGUUCACAAACAUAUGCACGUCUUUCAUUCCUGCGUUUAUUCUUCGGGUUUUUGGAAUGAAGUCAAAGGAGGUGCAAAGCGCCUGGAGAGAAAAGGUGGCGCUGUGCUGCAUAAUCACAUUCGCAUGUGCGUUUUUGUACUUUAUCACGUAUGGGCUCACAAUGUGGAUGUGCAAGCCGGCGCUUGUGUACACGCAGGAGAAAAUGGACGAAAUAAGCAGCUACCCGUGGGUGAUUGCGCACGGAAGGAUACUCAGCCUCGACGAAAGCGACAAGCUGGCUGGGCACUCUGGGAGCAUCGUUUCCCAUCUGUUCAAGGCAAACGCCCCGUCAUGCAUGGGGGCUUUCCCGGAGUUUUCAUUCGGGAAAAUAGGCUCGCUCGACAGGGGAAACUACACAGAGGUUGGGCCUGCCCAUUACACAUGGGCCUCUGUUCUGAAAAACAAGCUCGUGGUCAUAGGCUCAGGGGUGUAUAGCACGGACGGAAUUCCGCUCCCCCCCAAGCUGGAAGCUCUAAGCCAGUCGGUGGACGGGACGCGCGCAAGCGAGUCUCUUUCUCCAAAGGAGCUCCAGUGCUUCAAGGAGCUCUGCUAUGCAGGGGAUCUGGCGCUGCAGUCGACAGGGUGCCAGAUUACGUAUGCGUUCCUGUAUCUGUCGUGUGCUGCAAUACUUGGGCUGGUGCUGAUCCGGUUCUUCCUUGCAGUGGCGUACUCCGUGAUCAUGAAGAUAUACACGUGGCAGCUUGUGAGAAAAACAACGGAUGUGCUUCCGGUUAUUUUGAUGACGACGUGCUACUCGGAGGGAAGAGAAGGGCUCAAGUCUACGCUAGACAGCCUGUGCAUCCAGGAGUACGACAAAAAGCUUAUUAUUGUGGUGGCUGAUGGGUUUAUAACGGGCGCAGGCAACGACGCGUCGACGCCAGAAAUACUGAAGUCUUUGAUUCGGCCCAAGGAAAACAACCCGACAAGCGAAAUGGACACCUCUGGAAAACAGUACAUUUCAAUCGCGGCUGGCGCAGCCAAGAUAAACCAUGCAGAAAUACACGCUGGCACGUACACCGUGCAGACAAAAACCGGGCAGGUGAAGACCGACAUAAUUCUGGUGCUGAAAACAGAGAAUCGCGGGAAGCGGGACAGCCAGAUGGUGAUGAUGAGCUUUUUCCACCACGUGCUGUACCGGACGCGCAUGACCCAGCUGGACCUGGACCUAUACAAGAAGAUCCGGACUCUGACAGGAAUGUCGCCGGACGCAUUUGGGGCAAUUCUUAUGGUUGACGCCGACACAACGGUGAGACAGGGCGCAGUGCGCAUAAUGGCAAGAACCAUGCAGAGCGACGAGUCUAUCAUGGGAAUAUGCGGGGAGACGCUCAUCUCAAACAAGUUUGGGUCGUGGGUGACCGCAAUCCAGGUCUUUGAGUACUACGUCAGCCACCAUCUGGCCAAGGGCUUUGAAAGCGUGUUUGGAAACGUAACGUGUCUUCCUGGGUGCUUCUGCAUGUACCGGAUAAAAGUGGAGAGAAACAACGGGUGCACGCCCAUUCUGGUGUCUCCGGCAGUCCUGCAUGCGUAUGGGAGCGACGAAACCAAAACGCUGCACGAGAAAAACCUGCUGCUCCUGGGAGAAGACCGGUACCUGACCACGCUUCUGCUCAAAAACUACCCAAAGAAGAAGCUGGUGUUUGUCCCCAGCGCCCUCUGCGACACCAUUGUCCCAGACAAAUUCUCGGUUCUCCUGAGCCAGAGGAGGCGGUGGAUAAACUCGACAAUACACAACCUGUUUGAGCUUCUGCGGGUGGACCUGUGCGGAACGUUCUUCUGCUCGAUGCAGUAUGUGGUGAUCCUGGAGCUGUUUGGAACCCUGGUGCUGCCCGCGGCUGUGCUCUUUACAGUGGUGCUGAUCGUGUCCUCAAUCGUCUGGGUUCCUGUGUGGAUCCCUUUGUUCCUCCUGUUUGCAAUCCUCGGGCUUCCCUCUAUGCUGAUUUUCUUCACGAACUUCAACCUCUUCUACUUUUUCUGGCUGGGCAUAUACCUUUGCUCCAUCCCAAUAUGGAACUUUGUGCUGCCCAUGUACGCGUUCUGGCACUUUGACGACUUUUCGUGGGGAGAAACCCGGCAGAUCACUGGAGGCGCCCCGAAGGGCGGGCACGGCGCAGAAGACCCGGCAGACGCCAUAGACUCAAGCGUAAAAGCCGUGCUGAUCGACUUUGACGAGGUCGAAUAG